AAUAACAUCCACCAACAUGAAGCUUUUUGUAAUAACUCUGUGGUCGGUGCUCCUCCUAGCAGCCCAAGCGGAGACGCAAACGGACGACACAGCAGCCACGUCGCAAGACCUUCGGCAGAGCGAGCCCCUUCACAGCCAAGAGAAACGAAGUGUGGCCAAACUUCUCCUUCUCAAGGCUUUACCGCUGCUGAAGAAGUUACCGCCGGUGUUGCCUCUCCCUGUGCCAAUUCCGGUGCCCAAGCCUUUUCCUGUGCCGCUGCCAGUCAGGGUGAACGUUACUCGUCCGUCAGGGUCGAAGCCUUCUCGCUCGUGCACAUAGAAUUGCUAUCAAGAGCA